GAAUUGCUCAAUUUCCUGUGACCAUCUAUACAUCCUCCAUCUUCAGAAAGUGUAUCAGUAUUCUAUCAUAGAGGAGAUAGUGGUCUGUUUUCCAAUAUGCAUGACAUCUCUGGACAAGACAAUUGUGACACCAGCACUUAUUUCCAUGAAGAAAAACUUUGUGGUUUUAUGGCAUUCAUCAUUUGACAAAUGCACCUAUUUUCCUUAUCAAUCAGCUCUUACUGAACUUACUCGCAGUGACUGUGGAAUCCUUAAGGGCCCAUUAAAUUUCUGAAGAAGAAAGCUAAGAUGAAGGACAUGCCACUCCGAAUUCAUGUGCUACUUGGCCUCGCUAUCACUACACUAGUACAAGCUGUAGAUAAAAAAGCGGAUUGCCCACAAUUAUGUACAUGUGAAAUCAGGCCUUGGUUUACACCCAGAUCCAUUUAUAUGGAAGCAUCUACAGUGGAUUGUAAUGAUUUAGGUCUUUCGAGUUUCCCAGCCAGAUUGCCUGCUGACACACAGAUUCUGCUCCUACAGACUAACAAUAUUGCAAAAAUUGAAUAUUCCAUAGACUUUCCAGUAAACCUUACUGGCCUGGACUUAUCUCAAAACAAUUUAUCCUCAGUCACCAAUAUUAAUGUAAAAAAGAUGCCUCAGCUUCUUUCUGUGUAUUUAGAGGAAAACAAACUAACUGAGCUGCCUGAAAAAUGUCUGUCUGGACUGAGCAACUUACAAGAACUCUAUAUUAAUCACAACUUGCUUUCUACAAUUUCACCCGGAGCCUUUAUUGGCCUACAUAAUCUUCUUCGACUUCAUCUCAACUCAAAUAGAUUGCAGAUGAUCAACAGUAAGUGGUUUGAUGCUCUUCCCAAUCUGGAGAUUCUGAUGAUUGGGGAAAAUCCAAUCAUCAGAAUCAAAGACAUGAACUUUAAGCCGCUUAUCAAUCUUCGCAGCCUGGUUAUAGCUGGUAUAAACCUCACGGAAAUACCAGAUAAUGCCUUGGUUGGACUUGAAAACUUAGAAAGCAUCUCUUUUUACGACAACAGGCUUAUUAAAGUGCCCCAUGUUGCUCUCCAAAAAGCUAUAAACCUCAAAUUCCUGGAUCUAAAUAAAAAUCCCAUUAAUAGAAUACGGAGGGGUGAUUUCAGCAAUAUGCUACACUUAAAAGAGUUGGGAAUAAAUAAUAUGCCUGAGCUGAUUUCCAUCGACAGUCUUGCGGUGGAUAACCUGCCAGAUUUAAGAAAAAUAGAAGCUACAAACAACCCCAGGUUGUCUUACAUUCACCCAAAUGCAUUUUUCAGACUACCCAAGCUGGAAUCACUCAUGCUUAACAGCAAUGCCCUUAGUGCCCUGUACCAUGGAACAAUUGAGUCUCUGCCAAACCUCAAGGAGAUCAGCAUACACAGCAAUCCUAUCAGGUGUGAUUGUGUCAUCCGCUGGAUUAAUAUGAACAAAACUAACAUUCGAUUUAUGGAGCCAGACUCACUGUUUUGUGUGGACCCACCUGAAUUUCAAGGACAAAAUGUUCGGCAGGUGCAUUUCAGAGAAAUGAUGGAAAUAUGUCUCCCUCUUAUAGCUCCUGAGAGCUUUCCUUCUAAUCUGGAUUUAGACACUGGGAGCUAUGUUUCCUUGCAUUGUAGAGCUACUGCAGAGCCACAGCCUGAAAUCUACUGGAUAACACCUUCUGGUCAAAAACUCUUACCUAAUACUCUGAAGGACAAGUUCUAUGUCCAUUCUGAAGGCACACUAGAUAUAAAUGACAUAACCCCAACAGAAGGGGGUUUAUAUACUUGUAUAGCAACUAACCUUGUUGGUGCUGACUUGAAGUCUGUUAUGAUCAAAGUGGAUGGUUCUUUUCCCCAGGAUAACAAUGAAUCCUUAAAUAUUAAAAUAAAAGAUGUUCAGGCCAAUUCAGUUCUGGUGUCUUGGAAAGCAAGUUCUAAAAUUCUCAAAUCCAGUGUUAAGUGGACAGCCUUUGUCAAGACUGAAAAUGCUCAUGCUGCCCAAAGUGCUCGAAUACCAUCUGAUGUCAAGGUAUAUAAUCUUACUCAUCUGAACCCAUCAACUGAGUAUAAAAUUUGUAUUGAUAUCCCCACCAUCUAUCAAAAAACCAGAAAACAAUGUGUAAAUGUCACCACAAAAGGUUUGGACCCUGAUCAAAAAGAAUAUGAAAAGAGUAACACCACCACAUUUAUGGCCUGCCUUGGAGGCUUUCUGGGGAUUAUUGGUGUCAUAUAUCUUUUCAGUUGCCUCUCCCAAGACAUGAACUGUGAUGGUGGACAUAGCUAUGUGAGGAAUUACUUACAGAAACCAACCUUUGCAUUCAGUGAGCUUUAUCCUCCUCUAAUCAACCUCUGGGAAGCAGGCAAAGAAAAAAGUACAGCACUGGAAGUGAAAGCAACUGUUAUAGGUGUGCCAACAAAUAUGUCCUAAAAACAACUAAGUAAACCUACUUCAAAGAAAAUCUUAAGACUGCACCUAUGCUUGAAAAAAGACAAAAGCAGAGAAAUAUUACUUUCUAGAAAGAAGUUUAAGCUUCACCAAUGCUGCUCCUGACCAAGGGAAAUAUGUACAAGUUCAGCAUUUUAAUUACCUGGCUUCAAAGGGUACUGUGGCAACCAAAUAAAAUAAUUCCAUUUUCUAGAACUUUCAUGUAACUUUUAUGUCUGGACUACAGUUAAAGUGGACAAAAACAUUUCUGUAUUUUUUUUAAGUAUAUAAGAGUAGUUGAACUGAGCAAUACCUCCUCCUGUGUUGUAUUACACAUAUUAGCCACGAGUUUUUGCAGUGACUAGAUAACUUGAAUUGACACGUGGUGUAAUAAAAUGGACAAAUUCUG